CAAUAAAUAUGAGUUAACUGCUCUGAAACAGUAUUUAUAAAUAAUUUGGAGGUCACUCGUCAAUCGACGGGUAACUUCGUUUUGGCGUAUUUUCUGAUCCAAUAUUUUUACAAUAAUUUAUUUACAAUAUGGCGUCAUUAUAAAUUUGUGUCUGGAGUCUGGUGUGUUACAUUAUCGAAAACUUGUCAGGGGAGAUGUCUGUUUAGUGUUUUCCAUGUUGUGCGGACCGGUACACAUUGAUUGUGGCAUGCGUAGAACACUGGUGUUUUAAGUGAGAAAGUGCAAGAUUUGCCGUCCACCUGGCAUUUCGACCGACGUUUUUUUAUUCUGUUACUCGGAACAUUGUGGACUAACGAACAAACAGUACCAGCCGGCAGUUAGAAUGAGGACGGGGCGGAGGCGGCGAGCAGACGUGAGCCCCACCACCUAAUCGCCUGUGAUUCGUGGGACCGCCAGACGUACACGACAGGCUCCCAUAUUGCCCCACGGACCGCCAGACGUACACGACAGGCUCCCAUAUUGCCCCACGGACCGCCAGACGUACACCACAGGCUCCCAUAGUGCCCCGUGGACCGCCAUCACCAGCCUCUCAUGAGUGCCGUCGUUGUGUCAUGAGUGCCGUCAGAACGCGACGGGUGUCCGACUCUCCUGCUCGGCCCGGAGAUUCCGACAAGAUGUGGGUCCAGUGGAAA